GAAACGAGCGACGAAUAAAUCAAUUAAAAAUAUACAUUUUCUCAGUCAACAUUAGCGAGCAGCUAGGGAUAACUCAUCUAGGUAUUUUUCAUCUCUUCCAUCAUUUUCCUUUCCCUUCUGAAACUUUCUGCGGAUCAACUUGGGUUUGGGGGUUCUAACGAUCGUUUGCUUGUCUGAUAGUUGCCACUACUGAUUCAGGAUGGAAACAGUAGCUGCUUUUCGGGCUUCUAUUUGCAGUAUUUCUCCCAAUUGGGCAUCCCGGUCCGGCCCGGCCAGACCCGAUCUCAGGAUCGGGUCGAGGCCCGUGCUCUCUAACGCUUCGAUUCAGCAAACACCACUGGUUUCUAAAUUCAAGAUAGGAAACAAAAAGGCGAGCCAUUUGAGCAGGAAGCGUACUGCAACCAGAGCUUCUAUGCAACCUUCCGACUCUGACAGUUCAGAAGCUCCUAUUGCUCCUCUACAGAUGGAGUCUCCGAUAGGGCAAUUUCUCUCUGAGAUAUUAGCAAGUCACCCACAUCUUGUUCCUGCUGCUGUAGAACAGCAACUUGAACAGCUUCAAACUGACCGUGAGGCAGAGAAAGAGAAGGAAGAGCCAUCUGCCUCUGGAACUGAUCUUGUUUUAUACAGGAGAAUUGCUGAGGUUAAAGCUAAUGAAAGAAGGAAGACCCUGGAAGAGAUCUUGUAUGCAUUAGUGGUACAGAAAUUCAUGGAUGCCAGCGUAUCCCUUAUUCCUACAAUCACUCCAUCAACACCUGAUGGUCCUGCUCGAGUUGAUGUUUGGCCCAGCCAAGAUGAUAAACUGGAGCGCAUCCACUCUCCUGAAGCUUACGAGAUGAUUCAGAACCACCUGUCCCUCAUUCUUGGGAACCGGCUUGGCGACUCUAACUCUGUAGCUCAAAUAAGCAAACUAAGGGUUGGGCAGGUUUACGCGGCUUCAGUGAUGUAUGGAUAUUUCCUUAAACGUGUAGACCAAAGAUUUCAGUUGGAGAAGAGUAUGAAAGUCCUUCCCCAGGGUAUUGACAAUGGAGAGGAACAAGUUACAUGGGAGGACACAAGACCAAGUGAUGACAUCAAUUAUAAGUCUCACAGGAAUGCUCAACCUCACCCAGAAAUGUCGUCAUUUUCUGGAGGCGCUGGUAUUGGUGUUGGUGUUGAUGGGUUAAAGCCAUCCAGAUUGCGAACCUAUGUCAUGUCAUUUGAUGGAGAGUCACUUCAAAGAUAUGCGACCAUCAGAUCUAAAGAGGCUAUUAGCAUCAUUGAGAAACAUACAGAAGCAUUAUUUGGUAGGCCUGAGAUCGCAUUCACACCUGAAGGAACCAUUGAUCCUCAAAAGGAUGAAGUCAUCAAAAUCAGCUUCGGCGGCCUGAGGAGACUUGUUUUAGAAGCAGUGACCUUUGGCUCUUUUCUUUGGGAUGUUGAGAGUUAUGUGGAUUCAAGGUACCAUUUUGUUGCAAACUAAGCUUUGUGAUGGUCCCACUGACGGUCUUGGCUCAAAGAGGAGAUGCUGCUCUCUUGCUCUACUUGACUUGUACAUAGUAACCUUGCUUUGAAUUAAUUGAAUGUAUUCUGAUGUUGCUAUGGGAAUACAUAUACCCUUUCAGAUUCUGUGGAUUCAAAUUCUAAAUUCUCAGCUUAGCUCUUUCAUAUCUCCCAUCAAAAGUUCCAUCACAUGCAGAGACAGAGAUAUUGUAAUAAGUAAGAUAGUAUGGUUGCUAUAUUUCUCGACUGCUUUGUGUUUAUUAAACUUAUGGUUAUGGAA